AUGUCCAGCUUCAAAAAUGUUAUGGUUAUCGGAGCCGGCGGCAACCUAGGGCCGGCAAUCUUGUAUGCCUUGCUCCACCACUCCUCUUUCAACACGACCGUUCUUUCACGUGAGGGCUCUUCAUCCACCUUUCCGCCAGGCGUCAAAGUGCUUCGCGCAGAUUACAACUCGAUGGAUAGUCUUAAAACCGCUUUCAUGGGCCAAGACGUCGUAGUAUCUCUUGUUGCUGGGGCUGUUCUUGGUAACCAAAACAAUCUUAUUGACGCUGCUAUCGCUGCUGGAGUCAAACGUUUCCUCCCCUCGGAAUUCGGCUCGAACACCACUGAUGCCCGGACAAGAGCUAUCGUGCCUAUGUAUAAAUCUAAAGUCGAAACUGUCGAUUACCUCAAAAGCAAAGAAAGCGAGAUCAGCUGGACAAGUAUAGUAACCGGCCCAUUCUUUGACUGGGGACUCAAAGUGGGGUUUUUGGGGUUUGAUGCAGCGCACAAAGUCGCGACGCUGUACGAGGACGGCACAGCCAAGUUCUCGAGCACAAACCUGCACACCAUCGGUCUUGCCGUUGUCAAAGCACUCGAAAAUGCUGAAGGUACGAAGAAUCAGUAUGUGUUUGUAUCAGGCUUCCAGACAAGCCAGAAAGAAAUCCUCGAAGUCGCGGAGAAGGUCACGGGAAGCAAGUGGAUUGUGAGGAAUGCUAGCGUCGAUGACGCUAUCAAGAAGGGAAAUGAGAAGAUUCUUCGAGGUGAUUACUCGGGCAUCGAGGAUUUGAUCUUGGGUGCGACGUUUGGGCCAAAGCAAUUGGGCGACCUGAGCCUGGCGGGGCUAUGGAACGAAAAAUUGGAUCUGGUGGAAACCGAUAUUGAGACAUCAGUAAGUGCGGCAUUUGCAGGAAGACUAGUUUAUGAAGCAUCGAUCAGCGAGUAG